GGAUUUCGCAAUUAUUUUUGACCAAUCAAAACUCACAAACAUAAUUAUACCGAACCGAGCAGCCGGAAGUGAGACCAUUUCGCAAGAGAAUUAUUUCCAGUUUCUGCAUUAAACAAUCAAAAUGGGCUUCGAAACUUGUGGACCCAACGAAGUGAUGGUAGUUUCAGGAUGUUGCAGGGGGCAGUCGGAAUACAUCCCUGGUGGUCGUGUGUUUGUGUGGCCUAUCAUACAGAAGCUGCAAAGAAUGAAUUUGGGAAUGAUGACCUUGACCAUCGAGAGUCCCAUGGUUUACACCAAGUAUGGGGUGGCUAUAUCCGUCACUGGAAUAGCCCAAGUGAAGAUCCAGGGUCAGAGCCAGGAGAUGUUGGCCUCUGCCUGCGAGCUGUUCCUGGGCAAGAAUGAGGCCCAGGUGCGCAAGGUUGCCCAAGAGACCCUGGAAGGUCACCAGCGGGCCAUCAUGGGAAACAUGACCGUAGAGGAAAUCUACAAGGACCGUAAGAAGUUCUCCAAGCAUGUGUUUGACGUGGCGUCCUCUGACCUGGUCAACAUGGGCAUCUGUGUGGUCAGCUACACCCUGAAGGACAUCCGGGACGAGGAGGGUUAUCUAAAAUCCCUGGGAAUGGCUAGAACAGCCCAGGUGCAGAGAGAUGCCAAAAUUGGCGAGGCCGAAGCCCAAAAAGAUGCUGGAAUUAAGGAAGCGGAGGCUGAGGAGAGGAGAAUGGCUUCUCGUUACGCCAACGAUAUCGAGAUUGCCAAGGCUCAGCGAGAUUUCGAGCUCAAAAAGGCCACGUACGACCAGGAAGUGUCAGCCAAAAAGGCUCAGAGUGACCUGGCAGCUGAUCUACAGAGGGCUAAGACCCGUCAGAAGAUCAAGGAGGAGGAGAUGCAGGUGAAGGUCAUUGAGAGGACGCAGCAGAUCCAGCUGCAGGAGCAGGAAAUCAUCCGACGUGAACGUGAACUCGAGGCCAAUGUCCGCAAACCAGCAGAGGCAGAAAAAUUCAAAAUGGAGAAACUGGCUGAGGCUGACAGGAACCGUGUUAUCCUGGAGGCAGAGGCUGAGUCUGAGGCCAUCCGUGUGCGUGGUGAGGCAGAGGCGUUCGCUAUCGAGGCACGUGCCAAGGCUGAGGCAGAACAGAUGGCCAAGAAGGCCGAUGCAUGGAAGGACUACCAGGACGCAGCCAUGAUCGAUAUGAUCCUUGAGACUCUGCCAAAGAUUGCGGCUGAGAUCUCUGCUCCAUUGUCCCAUGCCAAGAAGGUGACGAUGGUGUCGAGUGGAAAGGGAGACAUUGGUAUCUCCAAGCUGACGGGAGAGGUCCUUGACAUCAUGGAGAAGAUGCCCUCGGUUGUGGAGAAACUGACUGGCAUCAACAUACAAAAGAAUAUGCCUCAUAUUGAUUUCCAUUCUGAAGCACCAAGAUCAACUUCUAACAUCCGUUCUUCAAUCAGACAGAAGUAAGAAGUAAGCAGAGUGUGGCUACAACAAAUAGCAGAUAGAAAGAAGGAACUAGAACAUUGUGAACCACAUGUAGUGGGAAUAGCAUUUAAAAGUUGUUAAGAAGCAUCAACUUUCGUGAGAGAUAAAAGCGUCUGUUUUAUUCACAUUCUUUUUGAGUGUCGUACAGUAAGAAUUAAGCCUCGCAGUUUUGAAUGCAUUGUUCCUGUUUUCAUAAAAUGUAAAUGUUGAUGUUUUUGUCAUUUGAAUAUGAAUCUUUAGCUAUUGACAGUAUCUGCUGAUAAGUUUGUAUUGACAUAUGUUAACCUUUUAAUGUACACAAAUCUUUUUUAUUUACUUAGCAUCUUACUCCACAUUUAGAUAACUGUCCAUUAAUUUUUUAGUGUGGGAUCAGCUUUUGUGAUUAAAUUAAAAUUACUAUGUUGUGUAUCAAACAGGUUAACAUGAACAUUUAUUAAACGCAAGUAUAACAGCAACAAAUGUGUAAUAUUUAAUAACAAUUAACAGGUAUAUUCAAACUGUCAUAUAUUUCUGUAUCUUCUUACCAUUUUCAAUACUCAAAUUUUGAACAUGAAUUUGUUUCCUCUCUUUAUCAAAGUAAUUCUUACCAAAGUUAAUUCCUCAUUUCAAAUUAUAGCAUAGUUAGAUUAAAUUUCAUGCACCAUAUAAAUCAAUUUAACGUUUACAAUUUGAAGGGCAAAAACAAAUUUAUUUUGUUAACACCUGGUCAUUUUUUUCACAUUUAUAAAACAAAGCUCUGAGCAGAGGAACAAAAAAAAACGUGUUAUUUCCAGAGCUUAAUGAGUUUGUUCAGGUUUUAUGUUUUUUCAGUUGUCUACGCGAUUGUGACUCUCAGGGUUUGGAUAGUUCAUGUAAUUAUGUUCCAGUUUUCACAGAAAUUGUUAAUAAUGCUUUUUUUACCAUAUCAACAGUUUAAAUAUAACAUAAACAGUAGUUCCAAACAAAUCUUGACAACAAUGUUAAGUAUGGCAACAGGAUUUGAAAGUUAAUGUACCUGCAUAUUUUCAACUCAAAGAAUAUAUCUCAGGUUUUAAUGACAAUUUCUAUAUACAAGCUGUUCUCUGGGAAAAGGGGGUUAUUGCAUGUGUGUAAAGUGUUGUCCCAGAUUAGCCUGUCCAGUCCCCACUGGAAAAUGAGGGACAAUACUUUCUGCUUUAAUGGAUGUUUUUGUUUAAAGGAAAUCUCAUCAAAUCCAGUCAAGGCGGAAAUGUUUGAUUUAGGUUACCCGACUUAGGCUGGAAAAAAUCUGCAACCCUAGAAAACAUACCCAACCAUAGAACAAAGAUUAUGUUGUUUGUGAACACCUUUUUUUACUAUAUGAAUAUAAUACAGACAUUGGUUAUCGUUAUAUUUAGAAAUGUUGGAUUAGCCCUUCAUAAUAAUGACAUAAUUUCAAUUUCAAAUUUUAUAAUUUUCAACUUUCAUGUUUGACUUUUAAUCUUGGAUAAAGUUAAGGUGGCAAAUGAGUACUAAAACUGUUAACAUCCGUAGCGGAAUAACUAAACUGUUAAAAUAAAUGGCAAAAGCACUAUAAUGUUGAUUUUGAUUAUCAAUAUCCGCUUGUUGGUAUGUUGAAAAUCGAUAAUUGGCUUGUUAUGAGUUAUUAUGGUCAGUGUUGUAUUAUGUCAUAUUUAUUAUUCAAGUAUAUAUUAAAUAUUGUAAUAAAACUAAUUAUCCAUAGAUUACUUAUCUUUAUCUAAAUUUAACUUUAUAUUUCCAGUAUACACACACUUCUUAUAAAUUCUUAUUGAUAAAAUUGAAAUUGUGAAAAAAAGAAAGAUAUAACACUAGCUUUGUUUAAGUUAUCACAUUGCUCUGCAGGUUUAAUAUUUAAAAAUUCGCAUAAACCUUCUUUGUAUACAUGUUUUGUAUAUAAUUACAUGUAGUUGUAAUAAGUUGCAAUAUGUUCUUAUUUUUUACCCGUUCAUUUAAGUUAAAUAAUAUAUUUUUUUGCCACUGGAUUUCUUUUAAUCUCAAAGUUUAUUUUAAGUACAAAGCAAAUUUGAAUAUAAUACAAAUCAUAAACACUCUUUCAUUACCACGUUAUAGACAUUAGGUCUAGUUUUAACAUCAUUUAGAUUCAAGUUUUCCUAAAGGAUACUUUGGUAGUUGGCUUUGAAGUGAUCAUUUAAACCCUCACUGUCCAAUACAGGAUAUUGGAUGGCCGAUUAUACGAAUGGCGACUGCUGGUUGGAUGAUAACAAGAAGACAAUAUAAUACAAUUCAACAAGAGAAAUAAGAAACAGCAUAUGCUCAUAAGCUUGAACAGCCUGCUCAAAACAUGAAUAAAGGUAACAUAAGUGUAUAUAAAUAAUUGAAAAUAUUGUAUUUUAUCUAAUAAAAAUACAUCCAGUGGCAUGCAUGUUAUUCUUAUAUUUUUACCAUUUUUCUAUUAUGAUGUAUUGUCCAUGUUAGUGAAAAUAAAUAUGUAAAAAUG